AUGCAUCCGCGCGCACAUAUAUUCUCUCACAGUCACAUGGUGGAGGUGCGCGCGGGGGUUGCUGGGUGCCUUGGGCCGCUCGACGACGAGCCGGAGGAGUAACGGAGAACGCGCGCGCCCUUGAGAUCUCGCUGUGGCUGCCGUAGGUAGCGAGUGGGCAAGAAGGACGGAGAUUGUGAAUCACAAUGAGUAAACGUAAGUUGAAGGAGGAUACAAAUGCAGAGUGUAUCUCAAAGGUCCAAAGAAUAUUACGUGAAAGAUUCUGUCAUCAGAAACCAAAUGCAAAGUUGUUUGGAACUGAGCUUCAGUACAGAGAUUUACUUGAGCUGUUAAAACGUACUGCUAUCCAUGGUGAAAGCAACUCUGUGCUCCUUAUUGGACCUCGGGGGUCAGGAAAGACUUCGUUAACUUGUCAUGUCUUAAAGAAACUCAUGGAAGUAAAGCAAAUAAGAGAUAAUAUAUUGCAGGUUCAUUUAAAUGGGCUAUUGCAGACAAAUGAUAAAAUUGCUCUUAAGGAAAUUACAAGACAGCUAAAUCUGGAAAAUGUUGUCGGAGAUAAAGUUUUUGGUAGUUUUGCAGAAAACCUCACAUUUCUUCUGGAAGCAUUAAAGAGAGGUGACCGUGCCCACAGUUGUCCAGUGCUGUUCAUUCUAGAUGAGUUUGAUCUGUUUGUUUAUCAUAAGAACCAGACUUUGCUGUAUAACCUCUUUGAUAUAGCGCAGUCAGCGCAGACACCUAUAGCUGUUGUGGGUCUGACUUGUAGACUGGAUAUUCUAGAACUCAUGGAGAAGAGAGUGAAGUCAAGAUUUUCACAUCGACAAAUAUACUUAACGAAUUCCUUUGAUUUAAAAAAAUAUCUGAAUAUUUGUAAAGAACAGUUAUCCCUGCCUCCAGAAUUUCCAGAAAAGACCUUUACUCAGAAAUGGAAUAAGAACAUACAGUCUCUCUUAGAAGACAAAAAGGUUCAAGAUGUACUACAAAAUCAGUUCUAUUACAGUAAAGACCUGCGGUGUAUCUCCAUGUUAUUGAUGCUUGCUUUAAGUAAUAUAACUGUGUCUCACGCAUAUAUCAGUGUCUCAGACCUUCUAGAAGCAAGUAGACGCUGUAGAAUGGACUCAAAAGCAAAUAUUAUACAUGGUUUAUCUGUGCUGGAAUUCUGCCUCAUAAUAGCUAUGAAACAUUUAAAUGAUAUUUAUGAAGGAGAACCAUUUAAUUUUCAGAUGGUUUAUAAUGAAUAUCAGAAGUUUGUUCAGAGGAAGGCACAUACUGUAUACAAUUUUGAGAAGCCUGUUGUUAUGAAGGCUUUUGAACAUUUGCAGCAUCUUGAGUUGAUAAAACCUGUAGAAGGGUCAUCUAUCUGUGCACAGAGAGAAUACAUGUUAAUGAAACUGCUUUUGGACAAUAGCCAAAUUAUGGAUGCUUUACAGGUCUACCCAAAUUGCCCAACAGAUGUCAAACAAUGGGCUGUGUCUUCAAUAAACUGAUUGUGGACUCCAGAAGUGUGGACCUUAUGAAAGUCACAAUUGAUGAAUCAGUGUUACAAAUUGAAUUGUGACACUUGAAAACAUGGAUUUUUUUUCUCUGUCUCUACAGAAUGUUCUUUGGUAAAACAUGAGUGGUCCUGUUUUCUUUAACAAAUGAGGAAAAGUUUCCAAGGGAGUAAAUAUUUUUGAUCUGGAUCAGAGAUCUAGCCUAUUGAAAUUGUUUUCAAUGUCCUAAGUUGCAUCAAAACAAUAUUUCAUUUUGGUUCUAUUUAGAUUUUCACUACCUUCCAUGUAUGCUUUCCCCAAUAUGUAUAUUGCUAUUUUGAUUCCCAGCAGAGGGGAAUGUUCUCUAAUGGUGUCAAAUUCUCUUUUGAUGGCUAUCGGCUAAAUAACUGUUUGCAUUCUGUUAAACUGCCCCUUACUGUUCUACUGAACUAUUUUUCAACUCAUUUUAUUGAAGCUUUAAUAGUUAUUCUAAAAUGAUACUGGACUAGGACAACUGUUUCAGUGCCUUGGUACUGGUAUAAUGUAGCCUGACUGACAUGGUGGCUUGGUGGUCAGGAAUACCAUAUAUGUCCAUUCUCAGAAAUUGGAUAUUUCUACUCUCACUUCUCUCCUAGUCUUUGGGCUAUACUUAAUAAAAAUGCAGCACAAAUAUAACAUUAGUAGUGGUUAUCUAAGCCAGUCUUCCCCAAUGUGGUGCUCUCCAGAUGUUUUGGAAUUCGAUUUCCAUCAAUCCAAGCCGUCUUGGCCAGUGGUUAGAGGUGCUGAAAGUUGUAAUCCAAAACAUCUAGAGGGCUCCAGGUUGGGAAUGCUGCUUUAAACAGUAGAAGCGUGCAUGUGAAUAAGCAGCUAUGUCUCUUGAGAAGUUUACACUGCAACUGGUAAUGUAAAAUUUGGCCACGUUGUAUUGCAGAACUUCUGCUAUAGAUAACUAGUGCACAGAGAGCAGAGAAUGCCUCACCAAUACCUUUUGAAUAUUCCUGUAAACUGACUACAAAAUUAAUUGCAAAUCUGCUUAAAAUAUCACUGCAGCCUUGUUUCAAAUUCCAUCAGGCUAAUUGUGGUUUAGCUAGCUGGUGGUUGGAAGGUAUAUAUUUCUGAUGUAGGCUGUUAACAUUGCUUUGAGUUUUUUGCUCUUCCCAUAGGGUUUCACAUCAAUGAUAGUAUGGCUAUUCCUUCAAAUGUGGGCAAUCAGUGUGUAAACUGCGACUGUAAAUCUGGUUUCGAAAAUCUUUUUGAUCCCUAGCAUUGAAUUCCAUUUUGGAGAAGCUCUCAGGGACUGCAGGGCUGAAGGCAAAGGGAGAGGUUGGGGCCAAAAGUACAGUGUUGGCAUAUUUUAGUUUAAAGUUCUUACUUCCAGUAAGUAAGCCUUAGGAAAGGCAUUUCAGCCUUUUAGAAUUAGGAAGAAUUGCACAAAAGCUGGUAAACCACCAAAUAAGAAAUUGGGGUGUGUGUGUGUGCGUCUGGGCAACCUGAGAUCGGGAUUUGGUCCCUAAACCUGAGGUUCUCCUCCCCUGCUGUAAAUUAUCACCUGCCUUCAAAAUACUGUAUUCAUGACCUGAGUCACCCUUCCUGGCAUCCCAGUUGCACCUAUCCCUUCUGUACUACUUUCCCAGCCUGUAUGUCAGUUCUGUCUCUGCAGUGCUCCCCACUGAGCUUCUGCCAAAGCACAGAGAUAGGACCUCUAUAUAAUUCUGUUCUUUGCUGGUAUCAUUUAUUCACUCAUGAGCUUAUGGAAGAGUCAAGACCAGCAGCUAGCUCCAAUGUCUCAUAAGGUUAUUAGCUUUGAAAUCCUAUAGAAGUUAUAUUAAGUCUACAUUAUCUUUCAGUAGUGACUAUGAAGCAGUAGCUAUGCUAGAAAUGCAAGGAAGUCAGAAAUUUAUUCACUCGUACAUGUAUGAGAAUUAAACUUGGUUUCCUAGUACUUGAUGUGUGUGAAAACUACCUCAUAUUUUGUCCUAAUGUGCAUCUUUACAAUAUGUAUAUGCUCCAUUUUUUACAGGUGCUUUUAAAUCUGGGUAAAAUCCUAUAGAAGUCCUACUUUGAGUAGACCUCUUGGCAUGAAUGGGACUUGUUAGUCAUGACUAACUUAAGUCCCAUUAACUUAAAUGGUCUACUCAAUGUAGAGCUUACCUUGGAUUUGACCCAAUAUGUUAUGUAAUUCCUAUGUAUCUCUUUAUGCACAUUUUAAAGCUAUUUGCAGCCGGAUGUGGGUGAGGGGAUACGUUCUCUGUAAAAUUGUAAUUAUGGUUGAGCAAGUUUAGAAACUCAUUCUUCUCCAAAUUGAAUAAAGACCAAAUAAUGGUAUGAAGGGGA